UUUUCUUGGUGUAAAGUUGAGCUUGAAGUUUAUAAUCCAAAAGACAUAAAUCCAUCUAAAGAUCCAACAGCAACAUCACCACGAUUACCAGUAUCACCACCAUUAACAGUAAUGUCAUUGACCUUACGUACUGUUAUGAAUUAUAAAGAAAAUGUCAAUGAAAUAGUUGCUUUUAGUUGUCGUGUCAUACCUGAAGUUUCAUCAGCAAAUCCUAAAGCAUUUCAAGUUACAGCAAUCAGGCCAUUAAAUGAUAAACAAUUGUGGCCAAUUGGAUUUGAAGAUUUAGUUGAUAAAAAUGAAAAUAAUGUAAAUUUGAGGCUUGAAAAAACCGAAUAUUGUUUGUUGAACUAUUUAUUAG